ACCAAGACUUGUUUUUAUUGUAGCUCACUGGUUCCUCCAUCUGUGGAAGAUGCUUCUCCGGAUGAUGUGGUCCAGACUGGGAGCUCAGCGGGUUUCAGAGAAGACCCCAGCUUUCAUCACUGCCUCAAACAUUGUUUGCCAAAGGUUUGAGUCCAAACCCAGGACUCUGUCUGGGCCGUGGAUCUUUACAAGAACUCUUCACCAGCAGCACCUGCAUAAAAAACACACUCCGUCUGCUUUUACUGGAGGUAGAAGUCUGAACCGUCCUCUUUUAAUGAACUCUGAGCUCCUAACUAGUUGUAGAAGUGGAGCGAUACGUUGUUGUUCAGCCAACGUUGUAAAAUCAGUGUUAAAAUCUACUUUAAAAGCAACAUCAGUACCUGGGAAACGGGCUCCUAAAGGACCACGAACCAAACAGCCGUCUCGAGCCAACCAGCCUUCACUCAUUGAGGACAAGGAUAUGAUGCAAUGUAUCGCCUUCGCAACAGCAGAUCAGUAUCACUUACCAACACUGAGCCAGGCUCUGAUCAGCCAAGGCUUCCAGGAAGUGGAUUUACCAAGGGAUGCCUCAAAUGUUCUGGUGAUCAGCACCGACAGGACAGCUAAACCAGACGACAGCGCUCUCAUCGUUUUCUUCAGGGAAGGAUCAGUGGUUUUCUGGAAUGUUGAGGAGAAAAUGAUGAAAAGUAUUUUGAGAUUGUUGGAGCAUCAUGAGAUCCAGCCGUAUGAAGUGGCUUUAGUACACUGGGAAAACGAGGAGAUCAACUACACUGUUGGAGAAGGAAACACAAAGCUGGAGAGAGGCACGUUUAUUCUGAGUGAUGAGACUGAUCGACAAGAGGCCGUUCUGGAAAAAUUUGCAUUUUCAAACGCUCUGUGUUUAUCUGUGAAGCUGGCCAUCUGGGAGGUGGCGUUAGACGACUUUGUGGAGUCAAUUCAGUCCAUUCCAGAGUCAUUGAAGUCAGGGAAAAGAGUGAAGUUAUCUUCUGCAGAAGUGAUGCAGAAGAUAGGAGAACUUUUUACUUUAAGACACUGUAUCAACCUGAGGUCCGACCUACUCCUCACACCCGAUUUUUACUGGGACAGAGAAAACCUGGAAAAACUCUACGACAAGACCUGCCGGUUCCUGAGCAUCAACCGCAGAGUCAAUGUUGUGAAUGAGAAGCUGGAACACUGCACUCAGCUGACAGACCUGAUGAGGAGCCACCUGAGUGACAAGCACAGUCUGAGGUUGGAGUGGAUGAUCGUUGUCCUCAUUACGAUCGAGGUGAUGUUUGAACUGGCAAAGAUGAUUUUCUGACCUGCUGCUCCGAUAUGACCAAACCUCAAGAUCCAAAGAAACCAGGUUCCUGUGAUCGGACUGAAGUGGAACAUGUCAUCACAGCCUCAUAAGGAUCAGAGCUUAAUUAUUAAAGCUGAUUAUAAAAUGUAUUAAAUGGA